AUGCAUAUAAUAAAUCACCCCAUUUACCUCGAACACAUUCAAAAGCACAACAGCAAGAACUACCUACGCGGAAGCUUUAUCCGCAAUGCUUUUGGACCACUCCAUAGGACCGGAAUUUUUAUUGUCGAUGGAAAAGAAUGGCAAUUCCAGCGCAAGUCGGCGACGCGAGCGUUCAGCAAGCGGAACUUUGAAACCCACAUCACGAAGUCCCUUCACCAGUCGCUCGAUACCCUUAUUGGACUUCUGUCUAAUCUGGCCAAGGAGAAAACGGAGUUUGACUUUCAGGAACUGAUGGGACGCUUCAUGUUCUGUCUCUUCCUUCGAGUCGCUUUCCAUGAGGAUAAGCUCGCCCUCGAGAUUUUAUCAGAAGAUCCCGAGAGCCUCAGAUCAGUGCCUGAUUACAUUGCAGCAUUUGACCAGGCCGCCCUCUGUGAAAUCACCGAAAAGCUCUCCGGCGAGGACAAAAUCACCAAACGAGCUACGGAACUAUUCUACUCAAAGAUUGAUGAUAUUAUCAAGAAGCGCCUUGAUGCUAUGCGGAAUGGCUAUACACCUGAUCCAGACGCUGGAGUUGAUCUCCUAGAUCUCUUCGCCCAAUCAACAACUGAUCCAUACAAAUUGGGCGGAAUGGUUUUCUCAUUUCUAUCUGCUGGCCGCGACACAACAGCAUACAGUCUUACAUGGCUCAUGAAGGAGAUUUACCACAAAGAGAAUCAGCAUCUCGAUGCCGCGAAUAAGAUUCGCACCGAGGCAGGGGAACUUGGUUUUACCAAUGGCUACCUGAAUUAUAGUGAUGCGCCGAAAUUGCGCUUUGCAAAUGCCAUGUGGGACGAAACCGCUCGCCUUGACACGGUCUCUCCAGCCGGCCAGAUGGAGGCAGCAGAAAACGACAUUCUCCCUGCGGUGCCCGAACUCAAACUUCCCCCCCGUCAUGUUAAAAAAGGUGAUGUCGUCAGCUACCAGAAUUAUGUUUUGUCACGGAUGCCUGAAGUCUGGGAGAGGGACGCCUCCGUUUUCAAUCCCUACCGAUGGCUCAAAGAAAACGGAGAAAGCGUCUCUUACAGUCCAUUCAGUAAGAUACAACUCAUGUUUGAAGUAGCAAUAUUGGUUUCGAGCUUACUGAUGCUAUGGCAUGUAGAAUACCACUCCUGGAAUGCUGGGCCGCGCAGCUGUCUCGGACGUGCACUCGCGACUGAUGAGUUUCACUCGCCUAGCCCUGCCCAUAGCGGAGAUCAAGUGUUUCAAUCCGCCUGGCAACCAUUUAUGGGCUCCUCCGAGCCCGUCGUGGAGGCUGGAGAUAAUGCCCCGAUCACCACAUCCAAACCAACCAGGGAUAUCAAUCAAAGGGAUACUACAAGCUAUGAUCAACAAAUCGCCAGUCAUACAUUGGCAACAUUCCCCUUGAGGAACACAUCUGACGCCAUAAGACUACUGGACCAAGCGGAGGUCAAUUCGGAACAUCGAGUGCAGCACAUGCUAGACGCGCAGCGGAAUUCAACCUUAGGUGGCACGAAAUUAUCUGGCGAGCCGUCUUCCAGUACAGAGUUUUUCCUGCUUCAAGAAGGGCUUAUCGACAAGACUACCCUCUUUAAGCUCUUUAGUUUUUAUAUGCGCUCGGUGCACCCCAUCAUGCCCUUGAUCCCACAUGAGAGGAUGCAGAUCACCCCGGAACACGUUUUGACCAUGGCGAGUCGGGAACCUCACUUGAUGGCCGCUAUCCUCGUGGUAACAGCGUCUUUGGCGGGGAAUCAAACUCUACAUGACCUUUUAUGGCAGAGAGUGCGCAUCCUUUUUGCGGAGGUUGCCAUCGAGGGGGAAAAUGCAUCUAUGGAGGUGGUUGAGGCAUUCCUGCUCCUCUCAGGUAUGACAACAAUGCUUCAUGCAAGAGAUCGAUAUUGA